AUGGAGGGAAAGGCGUGGGGGAGAGUGGAGAAGCAGGACGAUAAGAUAAGAGAUCACGGCUCUUACGUCGCCGAGGCCAACCGGAGAGAGAGAGACUUUGGCUGUGCGAUCGUUCGAGUCCAAAUCUUCCGAUCCUUCACUUGUUUGGGCAUAUCUAGUGGAUUGCACAAGGCUUCUAUUGAAAUCAUGUCCAAUAGUGCUCAACAGCAGGCCAAUGUCACUCCGGAUGAUGACGAGCCCGAUGACUGGGAUAAACGCAUUUACAGUACAGGUUGUCAUGCCGAGCAGGACAAAAUGAAUGACUGCUACUAUGCAAAGAGAGACUGGCGGGCUUGCAGCAAAGAAUCUGGGCCUCUCGUCCAAGAUCUUACUCCCAGCAUCCCAUCACGUGAUAGCUUCUAUCCUGUCGAGAGCAGCUCUGCCGAACAGACUUCAAGCUUUAUCGAUACAUCAUCCACUGCACAAUAUAACGGCACCAUGUCGAUAGCACGAAUUCGUCCUUGGUGGACACUGGAAGCCAUUCAAAAUACAAGCGCGCUAUCGCGAGCGCCACGCACGAGAAACUGCUCCGUUCAGUCCUGCCCGUUCACCACCAAACGCGGCAUCACCUACAGCUCGACGCGAUCUCAACCCUUGAAUAACGGCAAAAGCGCUGCGACAACCACCACCGCCGCCACAACAAACAGUCCCUCCAGUAGCAGCACCCAGAUACCCCGUUCUACGCCCCCGACCUCAUCCUCCACGCCCUCAUCCACCACCUCCCAAGCUUCCCGCGUUGCUGCCGGAACCCCCAACCGUCCAACCACAGAAAAUAUCUCCAAGAGCGGCCUCGCCGACAAACCGCUUGAACUCGAGUCUGCACCGGAAGAAAAGAUCGACUGGACGAGAUCGUUCCACGGUCUCUCGGCGGAACCGUUCCCCAAAGAAGCUGCAGAUAUUCUGCUCGCAGAAACUGCCCCGGAAGAAGUUGAGAUCAAGCCUGAUGGGAUAGUUUAUCUUCCCGAGAUCAAGUAUCGGCGGAUCUUAAAUAAGGCCUUUGGACCGGGAGGAUGGGGGCUCGUUCCGCGGAGUGAAAGUAUCGUCACUCCUAGGACGGUGACGAGGGAGUAUGCGCUUGUUUGUCAUGGACGACUAGUAUCCGUCGCCCGAGGUGAACAGGAUUACUUCUCGCCCGACGGCAUUCCCACCGCUACCGAAGGCUGUCGCUCCAAUGCGCUGGUCCGAUGCUGUAAAGAUCUUGGCAUUGCCAGCGAACUGUGGGACCCUCGCUGGAUCCGAAAGUACAAGGCCAAGUACGCGCGGGAGGUCUUUGUCGAGCAUGUGGUGAACAAGAAGAAGUCGAAAAUUUGGAUCCGUAAAGAUGAUCCGGUUGGGUAUCCCUGGAAGGAGAGUAAAUAA